GCAAACAGCGUCAGAACUUUGCGACCCAGCGUGGAUUUGUCAGAGUAGCUAGGCUAAUAUUUAUUCAGCUUCCUUAAAAUUAUUACAUUUUUUUGGUGUUAUUUUUGGGACAACAGCACCAAGUGUAUUUGAAAACACUCUAAUGUGUAAAUUUAUAYACCAAAGCCUUUUUAAUGCUUUGUUAGUUAGUCUUUAACCUUGUUUUUUGGGGUAGAAUUUCUUCGACCUAGCGAAUUAGCUUAGAGGACGCUUUUGCAAUGAAGGCAUUUUGUACAGGUAUUUCUGCCAAAUUUUUAUUGAAUGCUUCUCUCCUGUACCAGGAUAAGUGCCCGGAGCUGUCACGGUUCCUUUUGCAGUUUCCUUUCGAGAGUAACGCUCUACAAAAGCAAAAGACAUCGAGUUUGUUGCAGAGAACCUCGGUGUGUUCGUACUGUUACCAGUGGCUGAAGCCCGACAAUCACCGGGUGCGGCUGCGGCCCAAGCGGCGUCCGUCGGCACGAAUGCAGAGAAUCCUCAGGAGGGCCAGAGGGAAAAGGCUGAACCUGAUGCAGAAAAGACUGCUGCUCCGUUUCCAAAAGUCUUCCGCAGUUCUGAUGGCCACCUGCCACGUCUGCAGCAGGACAUCCAGACACAAAGGCGUAAACAGGGAUUUCCUUUCUACCAUCUCUAAAACCCACAGCACACCAGGGAGCGCCGGUAAGAACAAGACUCCUCAGUCCAGGAGCGGGUCUAACAGCACAACCCCCAGACCUCYUGGAAAAAGUCCUGCUAACACACCCAGAUCCUCCAUCUCCUCCAAUGUGUCAGGAUCGAGCUCCACUUCCUCCAAGUCUUCCUCGAAAACGAAAAACUGGGUCGUCCAGCGUCUCAGCAAGAUCCUCCUGCGAGACGACAACCAGGGCASCAAGAAGGGAGGCCUGAAGGAUUUCCUGUCCUCACUUUGAGCAUCUCUCAAAUGCACUUUAUUUUAUUGUAACUCUUAAAAAACAAGAGUAGGAGUCUCUUAUUCCACCUUGUUUUCUCCUGAGGCUAAAGGGAAACUGACUUAGGUUUCUGAGCCGACUUGGUGGGCUGAUUGGGGUGGCGCUCCUGAAAUCCUGAUGGUAAGGACUGAGAGCACGGAGCUUGUAACCUGUUAACCUGUGUUCUUUUUAUUCAGGUCGAGGGCAAAACCUCCUCUGUCUAAUCUAAAUCACGUAUCUUGUAAGCUCUCAAAUUGGAGUUUUCACUCUUAGUAUUUUCACUAUUGCAGCAUUUUGCUGUGGCACAACAAGCUGAUGUUCAUGCCAUUACCUUUCUCYAUUUUUGUUAUUUUUAUACAUUUAAUCAGAUAUUUUUAAAGGGGAAUGUAUGUGAUCAAUAUUCAUCACAUGCAAUGAUAACACAUAUGUUUUUGUUGAAUCACUUUUAGAUUUUUGUCUUCUAUAGUGAGAAAAUGAGUACGUGCAUUUGUAUAAACAGACAGACAGAGGAAUAAUUUAUUUGCCAUGAUGUUUUUAAAUGUGAAGAAACUAGAUUAUAUUAUUUGUACUGGUAAUUAUAAUUUAGGAGGAAUUUCAUUAGUUCAUCACAUUGUACAGUCACUUCUAUCUAAACUCUUUACAGAAAGAAUUUAUUAUUCAGUGUUUUGUAAACUUUAGAAAGAUGCCAACCCACAAUGAGAACCUCAUUGUCUUAUAAAAUCCUUUGCUAUAUUAUGUAAAUGAAAAACAAUUUACCUUGUGCAUUUUGUAUUGGCUAAAUCUGUACACUGUUGUAAAUAUUGCUCGAUGAAUAAGAUGUCGAAAUUUUCAAAUACCUCACUUUUAUAUUCAAACUGCUGUUUGCGAUUCUCAAAUUAAAACCUUUUCACU